AUGGCGGCCGCGGCGGCUUCGGCAGCGGUCGCGGCUCCAGCGGCAGGGCCCGGGCCUGGUCCCGGAGCUGCCGCCUCGGCCGUGAGCGGGAACGGAGCCGGCGGGAGCGGGGCGGCGGCGGCGGCGGCGGCGGGAGCGGGGCCGGCCAAGAGCGGCGAGGAGCGGCUGAAGGAGAUGGAGGCCGAGAUGGCGCUGUUCGAGCAGGAGGUGCUGGGAGCCCCCACCCCGGCUGCACCCCCAAGUAGUGGGGACCCCGCAUCCGCCAUGGCCGUGCCCCCCGUGACCCCCGUCCUGCGGCCCAUCAUUGCCACCAACACCUACCAGCAGGUCCAACAGAGCCUUGAGGCUCGUGCUGCCGCUGCCGCCACCGGCCCCCCCAUUGGAGCCCCCCCAGUGCCAUUUGUGGGUCCAGCUGUGUCCCCACAGAGGCCCCCAGUGCUGAGACCGGCGUUUGUGCCCCAUGUGCUGCAGCGCUCGGGUGCCCCCCGAUCUCUUUCCCUACGCCCCCCUCCUGGGGCCAUCGUGGGCACCCCCCUGGGGGCCCCCCCUGCCCCUCCACUGCUGAUGGCCCCACCGCUGCAGCGCCCCCCCCCCGCGCCGCUCCCUCCGCUGGGGACCCCUUUGCGGGGCCCUGCCCCUGUAGGAAGUGCCCCCCCCGUGACCCCGCUGACUCCGUUGGUGGCCGGGCCCCGCCCCCCCCCUCCCACCCCUUCCCCCUCCCCUUCCACAGCCCCUCCCCCCCCUUCCUCCUCCUCCUCCUCCUCUUUGGGGGUUCCGGUCGCUGCCCCCCCCCCCAAGCUGACCCCCACCGUGAUCCAGGCGGCGCCGACCGUGUACCCCCCCGCGCGCAAGAGCCAGGAGGAGCCGCUGCCUCCCCCAACGCGGGCGCUGCCUCCCCCCCCCAUGGCGGACAUUGGGCCCUGCCUGCCCUCCGGCCACGCCCACCCAGUGGCCGCGCCCACCGUGGAGCCGCGCCCCGCCCACCCGGCGCCCCGCCCCCCGCGGAGAACACGCCCCCCCGAGACGCCCUUCCUGACCCCGGAUGUGGGGGCGGAGCCAUCUCCGGAGGACAAGAAGAAGGGGCGGGGGGAGCGGCUGAAGCGCUGCAUCCGCACGGCGGCCGGGAGCAGCUGGGAGGACCCGAGCCUGCUGGAGUGGGAUGCGGAUGACUUCCGAAUCUUCUGCGGGGACCUGGGCAAUGAGGUGAACGACGACAUCCUGGCCCGGGCCUUCGGGCGGUAUCCGUCCUUCCUGAAGGCCAAAGUGAUCCGGGACAAGCGCACCGGGAAGACCAAAGGAUACGGAUUCGUGUCCUUCAAGGAUCCCAACGACUACGUGAGGGCCAUGAGGGAGAUGAACGGGAAGUACGUGGGCUCACGGCCCAUCAAGCUCCGGAAGAGCAUGUGGAAGGACCGGAACCUGGAGGUCGUGCGUCGGAAGCAGCGUGAGAAGAAGAAGCUGGGCCUCAGAUGAUGAUGUCAGCGCUCGGGGGGUGUGGCCUCAGCCCGAGGUGG